AUGGCCGUCGGACGUAGCGCAGCCCUCAAGCUCGACUGGACCAAGCUGGGCACCCAGCUCGGCCUCAAGGGCCAAACCGCCGCCGCCCUCCAGUCCUUCAAGAAGCGCAACGACGAUGCGCGUCGCAAAGUCACCGUUCUCUCCGAGCAGUCCCAGACCGUCGACUUCGCCCACUACCGCGGCAUCCUCAAGAACCAGGCCGUUAUCGACGACAUCGAGAAGCAGUUCAACGCUUUCAAGCCCCAGACAUACGAUGUAGGAAGGCAGAUCAAGGCCAUUGAGGCUUUCGAGGCCCAGGCCGUCCAGAGCGCAGAGCAGACCAAGAGCGUUGUCGACAAGGAGUUGAGCGACCUCCAGAAGACACUGAAGAACAUUGAGGAUGCCAGGCCAUUCGCUGACCUCACUGUUGACGAGGUCGCAGCUGCUCAGCCCGAGAUCGACAAGCGCACCGAGCAGCUCGUCUCCAAGGGUCGCUGGGCCGUUCCCGGCUACAAGGAGAAGUUUGGCGAUCUUUCCGUCCUCUAA